AUGUGCACCGUGGUCAAAGGCGAGACGGCCCCAGCAUGGGACAUCACCGAUCAAGGGACCAGGGUUCUUGGUCAACAUUGGGCUCCUUGCCGCCAAGGCACGCGAUGGGGUGACAAGGAAGUUUCGUUCCAGGUUCUUGUUGAAGAGCUAGGUGCGAGUUGGGGUGUCCACAUGGUUGCCAAUGGAGUCAUCUUCUGCCUGGACGUUGUCCAAGAAGAACUUCGUGCCUUCGAGGGAAUGUCACAUGUAUCGGCCGUUUUUCCAGUCAAGUCCUUUGGCAGCUGGUCUACUCACGGAAUCGUAAAGCAAGGCGAAUGGAUCAAAGUUUCUACCAUUACGAGCGGCAACCGGAUCACCGUCAUCAUCAACGAGAAAGAAGUUGCAACAAUCGCAGACGUACAGAUCAGACCCCUUCUGGGAGGUUCGGGAAUCAACACUGGCUCUGUAGCUUUCGGAGGUCCUGAGGGUUGGCUUGCUCUCUAUCGCAACUUGGAUGUCAGAGACGCGAACGGAGACUGUCUCUACCAGAAUGACUUGUUAUGCGGCAACAAGGAGAGGACACUGGCAGACUUCCAAGUUGGAACGAAUGCUGUACCAUGCAUGGUAGAUGGCGCAAAGAGAGAUCGAGCAACAUUUGGAGGAGAUCUCUUCGUUUCAGGUCGAGGCGUUGCCUAUUCUGGUAUGGAUAGCGGAGCUGUUGCAGGAAGCAUCGAGCUUCUUGCUAGCCAUCAGACCGGGGCAGGAUACCUUGGAAAUCUGUGUCCUAUCCAGGCCCCUAUCCACGCAGGGACCGAGCCUCCUCCGACUUACGCAUUCUACUCUAUGACUUACGCCUUGUUAUUGGUAGUCGCCAUCAAAGACUACUGGUUGAAUUCUGGAGACCACGAAGCUCUUCGUCGUUAUCUUCCGGCGGCUGAAAAGUUGCUCAAGUACGCCGAAUCCCAGGAGAAGCCAUCGGGACUGAUCGAAGUUUCACCAGACAUGUCAAGUAAGAUGAAGGUCCCUCUCUCAGCUGCAUAA